AUGGUCAAGGUUCUUGCAGUUCUCUACGACGGUGGCCAGCACGCCAAGGAUCAACCCCUCCUUCUCGGUACAACUGAGAACGAGCUCGGCAUCCGCAAGUGGCUCGAGGACCAAGGUCACACUCUCGUCACAACCUCCGACAAGGACCGCGAGGGUUCCAAGUUCGACGAGGAGCUCGAGGAUGCUGAGAUCAUCAUCACUACUCCUUUCCACCCUGGUUACCUGACCGCUGAGCGUCUGGCCCGUGCCAAGAACCUCAAGCUCGCUGUUACCGCUGGUAUCGGCUCUGACCACGUCGACCUCAACGCUGCCAAUAAGACUAACGGCGGUAUCACCGUCGCUGAGGUCACUGGCUCCAACGUCGUCUCCGUUGCUGAGCACGUCCUUAUGACCAUCCUCGUUCUCAUCCGCAACUUCGUCCCUGCCCACGAGCAGAUCGAGCGUGGUGAGUGGGACGUUGCCCACGCUGCCAAGCAAGAGUUCGAUCUUGAGGGCAAGGUUGUCGGUACCGUCGCUGUCGGCCGCAUUGGCGAGCGUGUCCUCCGCCGCCUCAAGCCCUUCGACUGCAAGGAGCUUCUCUACUUCGACUACCAGCCCCUGUCCGAGGAGAAGGAGAAGGAGAUUGGAUGCCGCCGCGUCGACACUCUCGAGGAGCUGCUCGCCCAGUGUGACAUUGUUACUAUCAACUGCCCUCUCCAUGAGAAGACCAAGGGUUUGUUCAACAAGGACCUCAUCUCCAAGAUGAAGAAGGGCUCUUACCUCGUCAACACCGCCCGUGGCGCCAUCGUUGUCAAGGAGGACGUCGCUGCCGCCCUCAAGUCUGGUCAUCUCGCCGGUUACGGUGGUGAUGUCUGGGACCACCAGCCCGCCCCUGACAACCACCCUCUGCGAACCGCCAAGAACAACUGGGGUGGUGGUAACGCCAUGGUUCCUCACAUGUCCGGUACUUCUCUGGAUGCCCAGAUCCGAUAUGCCAACGGUACCAAGGCCAUCAUCGACUCCUACCUCUCUGGUCGCCACGACUACAAUCCCACAGACCUCAUCGUCUACAAGGGUGACUACGCCACAAAGUCCUACGGUCAGCGUGAGGAGAAGCGCCAGGCGAGCUAA